AUGUCCAUUGAAAUCAACAAAGAUUCCCCCCAUCUCCAGCAAAUGACUGCAAAUUUGGUCCCAGUGCACAUCCAAUACACCGGAGAUGCAAACACUAAUGAGUACUUCUCUCCUUCCAAGUCUACCGAAACUGCUUCGGGCAACAGCAUCGCGUUCUUUAGGGGCCUCAAACUCGUAGGUCAGCCAAUCGAAUUGCCUGCCAACUCUACUGCCUAUCUAGUCAACAAGCUGGAGAGCAUGGUCGCAGCCCCAGAGACCCCACAGGGGUUCAAGACCGUAAACAACUACAUUCCAGAGGGAAAGUUGGACACUCUAGUUGCGUACGGCCAUGACACCACACUCCCCAGCAACUCACAGUAUGCUCUGUUGGUGGAAUGGGAUACCAUCAGUAACAUCAUCCAUGAGUAG